AUGGACACCAAGGAAGCAGAAACUGAAACAGUCAAGCCCGUACCAAUCAGUGCUGAUGAAGAGAUUGGCGAGGGACGCUUCGACAAGGUCGAAGCCGAAUCAGAAGAUCAGGAUGAGAAUGUCGAGUACAGCUAUGAAUCCAACCGAUCCCCAUUUCCAGAAGUAAGGGCUGUUGUCCCUGAAACUGAUGACCCCAGCAUGCCCGUCAGUACGGUUCGCAUGUGGGUAUUAGGAAUUAUUUUCACGAUGCUGGGAUCAGGAAUUAACCAAUUCUUCUCACUGAGAUAUCCAUCAGUUCAUAUCGUUGCUCUUGUUGCGGAGCUUCUGGCCUAUCCGAUGGGUGUUUUUCUUGCAAAGACUCUCCCGCUCACCACAAUUUCCCUCGGGCCCUUAGGGUCCUUUGUGCUCAAUCCAGACCGCCAUUUCAAUAUCAAGGAGCAUGCUCUGAUUGUGAUCAUGAGCAAUGUCUCCUUUGGUUAUGCUACGGCCGACGCGACAAAUAUCAUCCAGGCCUCCAGUGCAGCAUUCUACAACUUUGAUCUGAAGCCUGGCUUCUAUGUCAUGAUUGUUCUCUGUGCCCAGCUACUUGGCUUUGGAGUUGCUGGCCUCACUGCCCCGUGGCUGGUCGAGCCUGCAAGAAUAAUUUGGCCGGGUGUGCUAUCCAACUGUGCAAUGUUGGAAACGCUACAUUCGCGCGCCAACACUAUCGCUGAUGGGUGGCGUAUCUCUCGCCUGCGCUUCUUCUUAUUCGUCACCGCUGGCGGCUUUGUCUGGUACUUCUUCCCUGGUCUGAUGUUCACAGCCUUGUCAUAUUUCACUUGGGUCUGUUGGAUCGCACCCAAGAAUGUCAUCGUCAACCAGCUUUUCGGCAUGCAGACCGGUCUUGGUCUUAGCCCGAUCACUUUUGACUGGAGCCAAAUUGCAUACAACACCAACCCUCUUCUAUCUCCCUCGUGGGCAGCACUUAACGUCUUUGGUGGAUUUGCCGUUUUCUACUGGAUCGUGGUCCCAGUUAUCUACUACAAGAACGUUUGGUUCACUGCAUACCUACCUCUCAUGACUUCCGAUGUCUAUGAUCGGACUGGCGCUACCUAUGACACGGCCCGUGUCAUCUCUUCCAGCAACACGCUGGACGUAGAAGCCUACCGCAAAUACUCGCCACCCUACCUUGGCGCAACUUUCGCCUUCGUCUAUGGUCUCAGCUUUGCAUCAAUCACUUCCGUGCUGUCGCAUAUAGGCAUUUGGCACGCUCGUGACCUCUGGGAUGCUAUGAAAGGUCGCAAUAGACUUGAUAUUCAUGCCCGUCUUGUCCGCGCUUCCUACCGCCGCACACCAUGGUGGUGGUACGCUUCCAUCAUCGUGAUCAUCAUGGCCAUGUCUAUUGCCAUGGUUGAAGUCUACCAUACCAAGCUUCCUGUCUAUGGUGUCUUCCUAGCCUUGAUCAUCCCGGCAGUGUACAUGGUUCCAUGUGGUAUUGUGCAGGGUAUCACCAACGUCGAUGCAAAUCAGCUGAACGUUCUCGCCGAGUUCAUGGGCGGGUAUAUGUUCGAAGGCAAGCCCCUGGCAAACAUGAUCUUCAAAAUCUUGUCGACGGAUGUCGUUGGACAGGGUGUCUAUUUCGCGAUGGACAUGAAACUCGCGCACUAUCUUAAGGUGCCUCCGCGGACUACUUUCUUUGCUCAGGGUAUCGCUACUAUCCUCGGUGCGCUGACCCAGGCGGGCGUGACGAUUUGGAUGCUAGGCAAUAUUGAUGGGAUUUGUCAAACCGAUCAAGCGGACAGUUUCACCUGUCCGAACGGCCGAACAGUGUACUCUUCAUCCGUGAUUUGGGGUCUUGUUGGACCUAGUCGUCUUUAUUCUGCUGGCAAGAUCUAUUCUUCGCUUUUGCAUUUCUUCUGGAUUGGGCUCUUGGCUCCGUUCGUUACUUACUUUUUGUACCGCUGGACAAAGAACCGCUUUUGGAAGCUUGUCAACUGGCCGUUGAUCUUUGUGGGAACUUAUAAUGUCCCACCAGCGACCGGAAUUAACUAUUCCAGCUGGGCCCUUGUCAACUUCGUUUUCAACCACUUUAUACGCCGCCGCUUCUUUGCUUGGUGGACCAAAUAUAACUAUAUUCUGGCUGCUGCACUCGACACUGGUCUCGCACUUAGCGGCAUUGUUAUUUUCUUUUGCAUUUCGUACCCUGGUGCAAGUUUCCCUGAUUGGUGGGGAAAUACCGUUUACCUAAAUACUGCUGAUGCAGAUGGUGUUUCAUGGCUGAAGAUGCCAUCAGUUGGGUAUUUUGGUCCUGCUAAUGGGACGUGGACUUAG